UUCUCCUCCUCCUCUCUCUCUCUCUCUCUCUCUCUCUCUCUCUCUCUAAUAUUUGGCCAUUAAUGGGAGAUGAGAAAUUGCCCUCUCCUACUCCCAUGACUUCCUCAAGAGACAGAGAUCGAGAACUUCUUAUACCAGUUGCCGAGUCCCACGAAGAUGGUGAUUCCAAACCCUCUUCCUCUUCUUCUGCAACUUCUUCACACCACUCAGGAAGAGAGGCGUUCUGUAAGGUUGUUCGAAGUUGGGCUUCAAAAAAGUUCAUGACAGGAUGUGUCAUUCUUUUUCCGAUAGCCAUCACUUUCUAUAUUACUUGGUGGUUUAUUCAUUUCGUGGAUGGGUUCUUCUCCCCAAUAUAUGCGCAACUUGGAAUGAACAUAUUUGGGCUCGGAUUCAUAACUUCCAUUACCUUUAUUUUCUUGGUCGGUGUGUUCAUGUCAUCAUGGCUCGGAACAUCUGUUCUUGGUCUUGGGGAAUGGUUUAUAAAGAGGAUGCCCCUUGUGCGUCAUAUAUACAAUGCUUCCAAACAAAUCAGUGCUGCCAUCUCACCUGAUCAGAAUAGCCAAGCAUUCAAGGAAGUGGCUAUAAUUAGACAUCCACGAGUCGGUGAAUAUGCAUUUGGCUUCAUUACAUCUGCUGUCGUUCUUCAGAGUUACUCUGGUGAGGAGGACCUCUGUUGUGUUUAUGUCCCAACAAAUCACCUCUACAUUGGCGACAUUUUCCUUAUCAACUCAAAUGAUGUAAUCAGACCAAACUUAUCUGUUCGAGAAGGAAUCGAGAUUGUGGUUUCGGGUGGAAUGUCAAUGCCCCAAAUACUUUCUACAUUGGAUUCACAAGCCAUCCAAAUAGAUAGAACUAGGGCUGGCAGAAGUUGAUAUGGAAGUUAACUUUGGAUCUCCAAACCGUUGGGGUUUAUGCCUUCAUCCCUCGCCUUUUUUCCUUUGCCUGGGCUAUCAGACUUCUAGCUGGUGAAUGGUAUGUUUUUUUGAGACGGCUAUGGCAAGUCUUGAUGAUUUGUAACAUGUUUUCUUGUAUUUUAGUUCCCUAAGAAUUACUUUUUAGGUUAGAGUAAAAUGAGGAUUGAUAGGGUUUAAUAGCUUGGUUUGUAAACUUUGGUUUUUUUUUUUGUUUUGGGUGUUAUUUCUUAGACACUUGAAUGCCUUUCUGGUUCUGUCCUUUGAGCCUGGAGCUCAUUUCUUUACAAUUUCUUUUUUCUUUUUUGAGGACUUUGUGAGAUGUAUAUAUAUUAAGAAAGUAUAUAAAGAGACCAUUUACUUUAAA